GAGCUGCAUUCCCAUCAUUCGGAGCGGAGAGAGGAGCAUCAUCAUCAUCAUCAUCAUCCUCAUCAACAUCACCAUCGUCAUCCUGCCGCCGCUAUCAAGCUGCCACGAGCCAGCCCGCCUCGGAAGCGACACGUCGACACAAAUUGUUCCUCGCAAUAAUCCGCCUUUAAAAAAAAAUCAUAAUAACAAAUAAGCGCCAUCAUGUCAGCCGGAGGAGAUUUGGGGAACCCCCUGCGGAAAUUCAAACUCGUCUUUUUGGGAGAGCAGAGCGUGGGAAAAACGUCUCUCAUCACCAGAUUCAUGUAUGACAGUUUUGACAACACGUACCAGGCCACCAUUGGGAUUGACUUCCUAUCAAAGACCAUGUACCUGGAGGACAGAACAGUUAGGCUGCAGCUGUGGGACACAGCCGGACAGGAGCGCUUCCGGAGCCUCAUCCCGAGCUACAUACGAGACUCCACCGUGGCCGUGGUGGUCUACGACAUCACAAACGUCAACUCGUUCCAGCAGACGUGCAAGUGGAUCGACGACGUCAGGACCGAAAGAGGAAGUGAUGUCAUCAUCAUGCUGGUUGGCAAUAAGACGGACCUGGAGGAGAAGAGGCAAAUCACAAUUGAGGAGGGAGAGCAGAGAGCCAAAGAGCUGCAUGUCAUGUUCAUUGAGACCAGCGCCAAGACAGGCUGCAAUGUCAAACAGCUGUUUCGUCGUGUCGCAGCAGCUCUUCCCGGGAUGGAGAGUCUGGACGACGCCAAUCCUGAAGGCAUGAUUGACAUCAAGUUGGACAAACCGGCAGAGCCGAGCGUCCCCGAGGGCGGGUGCUCAUGCUAAUGCCGAGGUGUGAUUGGCCACAGCUCCCUCCACGCCAUAGGCUUGUUAUGUUGCGUAAACUAUUUCCUGGUUAGCCUACAGUUGACUCUUGACUCUAAUUGGAUAUACUAUAGGAUUUGUCUGGUUGGACCAAUCAAUCAUUCUCUCUCAAUCAGUUGAUAAGUUGUAAAAUAUUGUAUACUUUGUCAAUAUGUAAGUGACCCGAGGACAAAAAAAGAGAAAAAAACUUUGCGGAAAUGAAAAGGAACACGAAAACGAUUUUGGAGGGGGGAAAGACUCCAACGGGAGACGACACCAGUUUCUUUUUCGCUGUUAUGUUUUGUAUUUUUUAUAUAUAAACAGGGAAAGCACCAAAAAUGAUGCCCAAGCAUAAAAGGAGAGUUUUAGGCAAGGGGCUACAUAGAGGGGUGUUGGUCGGCCAUUUCCCCCCCUAAAAUGGACGAACACGUCUAAAUGUCUGCAGCACGCAUGCACGUUGGUCUGAUUUAUUUUUAUUUACUUACUUUCAUUAUUUUAAAACCUGGCCUGACUGCUCUAAGAAUGUUUUCUAGCAUCUCUCUCUCUCUUUCUCUCUCUAGCAUUAUCACAUCUCACACAACUUCCUGUAGGCUCACAUAAUGGUAGCUGUGAAAACGUGGCACUCUCUAGCGCUCGCUGGAUUCAACUUUUAUAGAAACAAAUUGUACUGUGCAUUUAAAAAAAAUAAUAGUAAUAAUAUUAAUAAUACUGUACAAAAAAAGACAUCUUCCUCUCUCACCCGUCCUCUCCGUCUCUCCUCGUAAUUCCUAAUCCUCCCCCUGCCCCUCCAUCCAGGAAAAACACAUAUAACGAUCCACUGUAAUGCACUGCACUGUAUAUAAUAAUGUAAUAUGUAUGUUGUGAACGUCCUCGCUGUACAAGUGGUCCUUGUUCACCAGUAUGAAUAAUGUAAUAAUGUUUCAUGAUUAAUAAAUGACAGAUUAAAGGG